CCUCUCUCUCUCCCUCUCUCUCUGUCUCUCUCUCUCUCUCUGUCUCUCCCUCUCCCUCUCUCUCUCUCUUCAACAGUUAGAACCGGAAACGUGCCGGGACGGACACUGAGCCGCGGAACGCGAGCGUCGUCGUCUUUUUCUUCUUCUUCUUCUUCGUCUUCUUCUUCUUCUUCUUCUUCUUCUUCUUCUUCUUCUUCUUCUGGAGACAUGGAGCUGCGGGAAGCGGCGGACUGAAGACCGAGCAGCUUGUCUGACAGGCUGUUCCACUCCUCGUCGUCAUGGCGUCCCGGUGGCUCCUCCUCCUGCUCCUCCUCCAGUCAGGUGACUCCUCCUCUCUCUCUGAAGAGGACGAAGAGGAUCUUCAGGAGGUGACUCUGGCGGCCAUCUUGCCUCUGUCUAACACAGACUACGCGUGGUCAUGGCCCCGCGUGGCGCCGGCGCUCCACCAGGCGGUGAGGCGGGUGAACUCGGACCCCUGGCUGCUGCCAGGCCUGAGACUCCGAUUGGUUCACGGCAGCUCAGAGAACAAAGACGGCUUCUGCUCGGACUCCAUGGCGCCGCUCGUCGCCGUUGACCUCAAGAUGUCCCACGACCCGUGGGCCUUCAUCGGCCCGGGGUGCGACUACUCCUCCUCGCCUGUCGCCCGCUUCACAACCCACUGGGGCGUUCCCAUGGUGACGGCCGGCGCUCGGGCCAUCGGCUUCGAGCGCUACGCGGCGGUCACCAACACGGGCCCCACCCACAAGAAGCUGGGGGAGUUCGGCGCCAGGAUCCAGGAGAUGUUCGGCUGGCGGCAGCACGCCAUGCUCAUCUUCAGCGACAACAAGGACGCCAACGACGACCGGCCCUGCUACUUCGCCGUGGAGGGGCUGUACACGUUGCUCGGCAACCGCAACAUCACCAUCCGCGAUCACGUCAUCGAGGCCGACGUCAACUUCAAGUCGGUCGUCCAGGAGAUCCGAGACAACGGCAGAGUGGUGUACCUGUGCUGCUCCUGGGACAUCCUGCGGACGCUGAUGGUCCAGUUCUGGAAGGAGGGGGUGGACUUGAAGGAAUACGUCUUCUUCUUCAUCGAUCUGUUUGCUGAGGGUUUGGGAGGACGGGGUCCAGUCAGGCCCUGGUACCGAGGAGACCAGGACGACUUCGGCGCCCGACUCGCCUUCAGGAGUGUGAAGGUGUUGACGUACCUGGAGCCGCAGAACCCACAGUAUCGUCAGUUUGUUGAAGCUCUGAAGAAGGACGCCAAGAAGAUGUUCAACUUCACCAUCGAAGACUCGCUGUAUAACCUGAUAGCUGGAGGCUUCCAUGAUGGAGUGAUGCUCUUCUCUCAGGCUCUGAAUGAGACUCUGAGAGAGCAGAGGGGACCAGGACCGGGACCAGGACCAGGACCAGGACUGGGAGAAGUCCGGAGGCCUAAACAAGACUUGGUGACCAGGAGGAUGUGGAACAGAACGUUCCCAGGGGUGAUGGGUGCGGUGGAGAUGGACGAAUUUGGGGACAGACAGAUGGACUUUGCCAUGUGGGACAUGACGGACGUGGACUCUGGAGAGUUUCAGGUGGUGUGUGUGUACAACAGCAGUACGAAACAGCUGAUCAUGCAGAGUGGGCGGAGCUUCCAGUGGCCCGGUGGGUCGCCACCCCCAGACGUCCCAGAGUGCGGCUUCAAGAACAACAAACCCUCGUGCCUCGCACGUACAGUUUCCAUGCAUCAGAUGGUUGCCAUAGUGAUGUGCUUCGUCUUUGUCAUCAUCGUUACCGUGACUGUCUUCAUCUACAGGAAGUUGAAGCUGGAGAGCGAGCUGGCAGCUCAGCUGUGGAGAGUUUCCUGGGACGAUGUCCAGAUGAGCAACCUGGAUAAAGUCCUGAAGAGAGCCUGCAGCAGACUCACCAUGUCUAUGAAAGGAUCCAACUACGGCUCCCUGAUGACCAUGGAGGGAAACUUCCAGAUCUACACCAAGACUGGAUACUACAAGGGAAACUUGGCAGCCAUCAAGUACAUCAACAAGAAACGAAUUGAACUGACCAGGAAGGUUCUGUUUGAACUGAAACAUAUGCGUGAUGUCCAGAACGAGCACCUGACCCACUUCAUCGGCAGCUGCAUCGACCCACCAAACAUGUGCAUCAUCACAGAGUACUGUCCCCGAGGCAGUCUACAGGACCUGAUGGAGAGCGACAGCAUCACUCUGGACUGGAUGUUCAGAUAUUCUCUCAUCACUGACAUUGUCAAGGGCAUGGCCUUCCUCCACAACAGCGUCAUUAUCUCCCAUGGCAACCUGAAGUCGUCCAACUGCGUGGUGGACAGUCGCUUCGUCCUGAAGAUCACCGACUAUGGUCUGCAGAGUCUCCGCACCAGCAACGUCCCCGAAGACACACACGCCUACUACGCACGUAAACUGUGGACGGCUCCAGAGCUGCUGACGUCAGAGGUCAUCCUCCCCCGGGGGUCGCAGAAAGGAGACAUCUACAGCUUCGGGAUCAUCCUGCAGGAAGUGGCUCUGCUGAGGGGAGUUUUCUAUCUCGAUGCCCACACGCUCACUCCUAAAGAGAUCUUCCAGGCGGUGGCUCGGGGCGACGCCCCCCCCCUCCGUCCCUCCCUCUGCUGCCACAGUCACAGCGAGGAGCUGGGCGUCCUGAUGCAGCGCUGCUGGAGCGAGGAGCCGAGCGAACGGCCCGACUUCGGCACCAUCAAGAUCCUGCUGAGGAAACAGCACAGAGGUUACGGGUCAAACAUCCUGGACAACCUUCUGUCUCGGAUGGAGCAGUACGCCAACAACCUGGAGGAGCUGGUGGAGGAGAGAACGCAGGCGUAUCACGAAGAGAAACGCAAGGCCGAGGCGCUGCUGUACCAGAUACUACCACAUUCCGUGGCUGAGCAGCUGAAACGAGGUGAGACGGUUCAGGCUGAAGCUUUUGACUCUGUGACCAUUUACUUCAGCGACAUCGUCGGCUUCACCGCUCUAUCAGCUGAGAGCACGCCACUGCAGGUCGUGACCCUGCUGAACGACCUCUACACCUGCUUUGAUGCCAUUAUCGACAACUUCGACGUUUACAAGGUGGAGACCAUCGGCGACGCCUACAUGGUGGUGUCCGGUCUGCCAGUGAGGAAUGGUAAACUCCACGGGCGGGAGGUGGCCCGCAUGUCGCUCGCCCUGCUGGAGGCCGUCAAGACCUUCAGGAUCCGACACCGGGCCAAUCAGCAGCUGCUGCUCCGCAUAGGCAUACACAGCGGUCCAGUGUGUGCUGGUGUGGUCGGGCUGAAGAUGCCCAGGUACUGUCUGUUUGGAGACACAGUCAACACAGCGUCACGCAUGGAGUCCAACGGAGAGGCUCUGAAGAUCCACGUGUCGGAGGCGACUCGUCAGGUUCUGCAGGAGUUCAGCUGCUUCACCCUAGAACUGAGAGGAGAGAUCCAGGUGAAGGGGAAGGGAGCGAUGAGGUCGUACUGGCUGCUGGGAGAAGACAACUGACAGAGGACAACUGACAGGGGAGAAGACAACUGACAGAGGACAGACGACAUCAGAAACAACCAGCUCGUAUUAGUCCCUCCUCCUUCUCUCUGAUUGGACGUUCAGCUCUGACAUCAUAUAAAGGGACAGUUUGAACUCAGAAACAGACAGAAUAAUGUUUCACUGUAAAUAGAAAAUGAACAGUUUUAUUAUCUUUGGGUCAUUACUGUUGAGUGUGAACCUCCAGGCUGCAGUGACACGUUAUAUCAACGGCAAAAUCAUUUUUAAUCUUUUCCACGAUGUUUUCUGGAAACAGCAGCUCUGUUUGUUACGUUCAGCCGAUCCACUGUCUACUGACUAAACUGUUAUUUUAAUGAGUUUAUUGGGAACUCAGUUUUCCCUACAAUUACUACAAAUGUAUUAAAUCAUUUCCCAAAAAAAGGAUCUGUGCAAAAUAAUUAUUGUGAAUGUUAAA